AUGAUCUCCACUCAUCCCUGCAGCGCUUCUGGACCUUGGAAGAACCCCCAAUUUGUACAAAGAAGACUCAGGAAGAAGAACUUUGCGAUCUCCACUUUAGGUCGACCCAUUCGAGGGAUUCGACAGGACGCUAUAUCGUCCGCCUUCCUUUUAAAGAAAAUCAUACUCCCCUCGGGACAUCCAGACCUCAGGCUGAACGCCGUCUCUAUUCUCUUGAGCAGAAGUUCAAUAGCCAACAACAUUUCCUCUACUCUCUAUCAUGAUUUUAUGGAUGAAUAUCUCUCUCUCGGUCACAUGACCAAACUUGAAACUGUUGAUUCAACCUCUCAUCACUACUAUCUCCCCCAUCACGGAGUUUUGAAAGAAAGUAGUAGCUCCACAAAGCUUCGAACUGUGUUCGAUGCUAGUAGUAAGACCAGCACUGGCGUGUCUCUAAAUGACGUCUUACUUACAGGUCCCAAGCUCCAGACGAACAUUAUGCUCCAUUUCAGGUGUUAUAACAUUGUUUUCUCUUGUGACAUUCGUCAGAUGUAUCGUCAAAUAUUAGUGCACCCAGACGAUCAAAAAUAUCAACUAAUCUUGUGGCGCAAUAACUCUUCACAGGAGCUUUCUACCUAUCAGCUGGCUACUGUAACAUAUGGGGUCAACAGCAGUCCCUAUCUCGCUAUCAGAACGCUUCAUCAACUUGCUGAAGAUGAGGGUGAGGCGUUUCCUGCUGCUGCUCAGGUUAUAACCUCCAACACCUAUGUUGAUGACAUAAUCACCGGUGCUGACACGGUUAAAGAUGCUCUACAACUUCAAGGCCAGCUAAUUAGUCUUCUGUCCCGUGGUGGAUUUGAACUCCGGAAAUGGUCAUCCAACGCUAAGGAACUCCUUCAAACUCUGCCUCAAGAACACCUAGAAUUACCAGUAUUUCUGGAACUUGUCAACGAACCUCUGUUUUCAAUAUUAGGACUACAUUGGUCACCUGUCUCUGAUUGCUUCACUUAUAAUUUAAAUUUCUCUGAUGCAGUCAAUGUGACCCCUACAAAACGCCGAGUGCUCAGCUUAAUUGCCAAAAUCUAUGAUCCUUGUGGUUUUGUCGCUCCAUGUAUCAUGGCCGCAAAGUGUUUUAUGCAACUUUUGUGGACAACAGGACUUGAUUGGGAUGAACAGCUCCCCCCUGACUUGUCUGAUAAGUGGAAUACCUUCCUCUCUCAUGUAAAUCACGUCUCUAAGAUCAAGGUUCCACGAUCUCUUAUGCUCAGCUCCUCAAAGAAAGUCGAAGUACACGGGUUCUCAGAUGCUUCGGAGAGCGGAUAUGCAGCGGUGGUGUACUUCCGCAUUCUAAUGUCAAACGACGAAGUGAUAGUUCACCAAGUCAUGGCAAAAACUAGAGUAGCCCCCCUCAAAAGAGCGACAUUACCUCGCCUCGAACUCUGUGGUGCUCACCUCUUGGCACAGUUGAUAGCACAUGUCUGCAACGUUUUUAAAGACCACAUUUCCUCUCCUUCAAUUUACUUGUGGUGUGAUUCCACUAUCGUCCUCACGUGGUUACAAACACCCUCUUAUCGGCUCAAAACCUACGUAGCAAACCGAGUCGCCCAGACUCAGGAGCUCAUCCCUUCGCAUUGCUGGAGACACAUACAGGGGAGUGAAAAUCCAGCUGACUGCGCCUCUCGCGGCAUUCUUGCCUCUGAUCUCGUAGAUCACCCUCUUUGGUGGAAAGGACCCUCUUGGCUUCAUUUGGAUGAAGAUGCAUGGCCUAACCCCAAAUUUUCUCCUAUGGAUUUGUCUUCCACGGAUGAGGAGAAACAUACCCCCCUGACCGUACUAACAGCUGUGAAGCAAGAAGAGUGGAAUUUACUCACCCAAUUUUCUUCAUGGACACGUCUUCAAGCUGUCUUGGCCUACGUACAACGGUUCAUACACAAUGUCCGCCACGCUGACAAGCGUGUAGGACCCCUCUCAUCUGACGAACUGAAGUCAGCCUCCACCACACUCUUCAAGCUAGUCCAUAACUAUCCAGUUUUCAAGAAGACAUCCUCGCCUUGGAAAAGAAGAAAGAAGUAUCUUCACGUCUAA